ACAGCAUCCAUCAGACAGCAUCCACCAACAUGUCGUCACCAGAACCCUCCAACCAGAUCCUCUCGGGCCCUGAAGCACCGCAAGACAACUCGCCACUCUUCAGCCUCUUGCCCCCAGAGGUGCGCAGCCAGAUUUUCUCCUACGCACUCAUGGACUACCCGGAUCCCUCGCCAAAAAAGCGCUACAAGGAUUGGACCAUCUAUAAGAGGCCAACAUACUCUGCGCCGCGCAUGAAUGAUACCCGACUGCUGCGAACCUGCCGCGCCGUCUAUCGCGAGUGUUGGUUCAUGCCCUUUGUUCUCAAGGAGCACACGCACUGGAUCGGCCAUGAAGACCGCGCCCCACCCCACUACCAAGCGGACCAGGCCAUCAAUAAGUUUACUGAGACGCUCAAGCAGAUCGUCGAGCAGCAGGGCGGUAAAGACAUUGAGGUUGAAAGGCUACGGGUGUUUGCGCAGAUGUGGAAGCUGGAGCAGGGAGGCCUCGCCGAUGUGCUGAAGCUUCCCCAUCUGAACCCUCGCACCGUGACGCUUACCAUCCGCCACGCCGACUGGUGGUGGUGGGAGAACGACGAGCCGUUGCGCUUCGAGGGCCAGUGGAUUAAGGCUGUUAAUGAAACACUGCGUCCCAGCGUGCGGGAGGUAUGCAUUGAGAUUGAAUCCGUCCUGCGGAAGAAGAUCCAGAUCAACGCCAUCGCAACGCAGAUGAUUGAACGCUGGUCCUUCAAGAGAACAGACGGCGUCGUCCUGUACCCCGAGGCGACUGGCGGAAGCAUAACAGGAGACAUCUGGACUGGGUCGAGCUGUUGGCAAAAGAACAGAUGGACCCGGGAUGAGACGGAGCCCGGCAAGAUCCAGUACUACAUCUUGUCCGUAAGGUUUCGGCCGGAGCCCGAAAUUGAACGACGCGGCGGAAGGAUCGACGACGUGGCCAGAAACUUUGCCGAAAACGACAUCUUCGAUGCGGAAAAAAUGAGGCUGGAUCUGCCGAGGCUGCCGAACCUGGGCUAUCCUCCGUUUUCCAUACUUGAAACUAUGCAUUGGGAAUCUCCAGACGAGUCUGAAGAAGAAGGCGCCGAGUCCUCGGAUGAGGGAUUGUAAGGUCGGAGAGAUGUGGAUGAGGGUAACGAGUUUUCAGGUUCAGAUUGAUAGGGAGGAAAGCAUGGUCGUCACGAAAUACAAAACUAUGUCCUAAUUUCUCGUCAACACACUGCUCAGAGCAACGUAGAUAUACGAGAUAUACGACGCCUUUAUUUAACAGGAACCGUGUCUCCAUUCUCCUCUUAAAAUUAAUCCAUCAAUGCAACAUUUCAAUAGAUGUGUAUCAAAAUAUCGAGGUAUUGAUACCGAACAGCUCGGAUAGCUUUGGCUAGUAACGCCUCCGACUUUCACUUAGGUAGAACGUACUGCUUGAUUCCGCAAACAAGAUAGAGCACAGCGGCCAAUAUUGAUACCGCCA